GAGGGUCAAUGCUAGUUCAGUGCCACUCCUGCAAGGCUGCGGUCACUAGAUCACAGAUCACCGCGUAUCACCUAAACCUGGUCGCGCGCGCUCUCUUCGCUCCUGUCAUGCACCCCGUCCGUCUAUUUUGCACUUAAGAGCACCCCCGCCGUCGCAGGACCGUUGAUUUGUUACAUGUUUAUCCUCCUUAAGGACUGUUAAUUUGGCACGUUGUUGUCCUGCACUGGUUACUGUUGUUGUGUUGAUGACAUGUGUUUUUGUUGACUGGGCGUUGAAUGACUGACUGAUUUCACGAUGGAAACUUGCGUCCUGAUCCCGCAGGAGUUUAGUCUCUGCGUCAGAGGUCCUGCCAUCGGAGCGCGGCGCGCUGAGCCCGAGGUGUCGGUUUGGUCCAACACGAGCAUCGCGCAAGGAUCGCUCUGUUAUCCUUUUCAAGGCACGAUCCGGAUCGACAAGCUUGAUGUGUAUGGACAGUUGGACGAUGAUGAUAUUCGGCACCGGUUCGGCUGCUACGACGAGAUCUCCGGAAGCGGCUCCCGGAGGGUGAGGCACUGCAACUGGGUCCGGUUCGUGAGGGUGGCGAGCUCGUUCAACCCUGCGGUCAAUUUCGUCGCUACCAAAGUCAGAGGAGAGCCUGUUUACGAGGCUGUCAAGCCCAUCUCGCCAGAUACAGAGUUGCUGGUCUAUUACCUCCCGGAACGACCCGAGGAAUUGUUUUUUGUGCGGAUGAGGGCGUCUUUAUAUAGGCAAACGAUGGAUUCUAUUCUAGAAGACUCACCACUCGACUUGUCGAUGUCCCUGCUGUCGAGGGCCUUGAGCGGGUCGCCUCCUUCCGCCGAGGACGAGCGGAAGUCGGUUUCCGGGGACAGCUCGGCGGCCAGCUCGCAGGGCGACCUCCCGGAAACGAGCGUCCCGACGCCGAGGGCCAGGCCGAGGGAGCGGACGCUGCUGCCCUGCGGGGUCUGCAACAAGGCGUUCGACAGGCCGUCGCUGUUGAAGAGGCACAUGAGGACUCAUACGGGUGAAAAGCCGCACGUCUGCAUGGUUUGCGGGAAAGGCUUCAGCACGUCCUCGUCCCUGAACACCCAUCGGAGGAUCCACAGCGGCGAAAAGCCACACCAGUGUCCCGUGUGUCUCAAGCGAUUCACGGCCUCCUCCAACCUGUACUACCAUCGCAUGACGCACAUCAAAGACAAGCCCCACAAAUGCAACCUGUGCAGCAAGUCGUUCCCGACCCCCGGCGACCUCCGCUCCCACAUGUACGUGCACUCCGGCUCGUGGCCUUUCAAGUGCCACAUAUGUUCCCGAGGGUUCUCCAAGCACACCAACCUCAAGAACCACCUCUUCCUGCACACGGGUGAUAAACCCCACGCUUGCGACCUCUGCAACAAGAAGUUCGCGCUGGCCUGCAAUUUACGCGCUCACAUGAAGACACAUGAGGGUGACCCACAGGAGGAGUGCACCCGAUGCGGCAAAAUGUACAUUUGCAAUGGGACUCCAGACGCGUGUCCCAAGUGCCGGGGCCAGAAUGGGGCCCCACACGGGGACUCCGCGGAGGACUCCAGCGGCAACCACACCGAAGACAGCAACACACCUGAAUAAGCUCACAGUGAUUUUGUAUGUCUAGUGAUAAGUGAUCAAAUUGUACAUAUUUUGGUUUUGUGUUGAGAUACUGAAUCACACUGUAAAUAACGAUUGAGACACGUACUCUUAUUUAUGAAGUAUUUAUUCGCUAAGUUAAGUAAUUAAUCCCCGAGAGCUCGUCUUAACGGUUGAAAAAUUGCUCCGGAUCUUAUUAAAAUGCGUUUAGAAAAUGUCGUAAAUCCGACUAAUUUGCUUAUGGUCAGAAUUUUUCCUUGUCAGUUCGGGAUCGGUUUAACAUAAAUUAUGAGACAUAUUACAAAAUGGAGUUUUUAUUCGUGAUUGUAAUAUAUUUUUUUAUUGAAACAUCAAUUAGUUGACACGAUAUUCUAGACAGAUAAUAAUUAUAACGGCUCAAGACACGCUCUAAUCUGACGACCGUGACAGCAUCGGCUUGACAUAUCAGUUUGACAUCGGCCUCCAAUUAAACCCGCGAACAUGAUGACCAGUGUGUUUUAAUGCGGGGAUUAUUGGAUAUGUCCAUCGGGACAAGAACGUCCCACACACAUUAAGCGUAAAGAGAAAUCCCGCACGCCCAUGGAGCAGGAAACGGUACAAACCACAAAUUAGACCCAUCGUUAAACGUUCGUCAAAAAUUGCCACUUCCGGCUUACACACGAAAGUUUUCGGUGAAACACACUGUAUAUUAAAUCCACAGCCGGCUGGAUUUUCGUUCCGAGAUCUACUCGAUACCGGGCAAGCAUAAGUAAUCUUCUUUGCCAAGCCAGCGGAGGCGUUCGUACUUUUAUUAAUAAUCUGAUAGUUGCGCCGGUCUGGUAAAGUGACAUAUCUAACUUGACAGCCGACAAUACGCCUUGCCUGUACAAUGAUCGAUCGAUCUAAUCACCUUUUGAAACACUCGUAUUUGCCAUCGAUUCGAUGUAAACGCCUUUAUAAAAUUGUUAGGCCGUGAGAGAGUUGGUUUGCAUUAUUUAUGUCCGUAAGACUACAAUUUCGUUAAUGAAAAUCUCGAUCGGUGUUUGCCGCCUUGUCGGAAUAAGGAUUAUAAUGAUAUUGUUACUUGUAGUAUAGUUCGGUGCACUAGAAAACAAAAAUGUAUAUUUUCUGGAACUAUUGUUUACAAGCACACUGGGAAUCGGUGUUUUUGAUUAAAUAGUUUCAAUACCAAAUAAUGACAAUAUUGAUAUGUGGCAUCUACUGAAAGUUCAAUUUAUUUCUAGUUUUCUGCAUAUUAUAAAGUGUAUACUAUUAGAAAUAUAAAUACAAAAAUAAAUGCUCAGUUAGUUUAAUCAUAUGUAUGGUAGGUUUUUAAGGAAACUGUAAAUAUCAUUACAUGUAAGAGUUAAUUUUUGU